UCCAUCUUCUUCCUCAUCAGAACCCAUUUUUGUCUUCGAGUGAGAGAAAGAGAGAAGCAAUCAGCUUUCACAGGAAAAAGGUAUACAGAGAGAGAGAGAGAUUAUUAUGGCGGAGAGUGGUGGACGGAGGAUCGGAGUGGCGGUGGAUUUCUCUUAUAUUCCGCUGAGUGAAUUCUCUGAUGCUGCUGUGAUGAAGAAGUAUGCUGUGAAGCCAGAUGCUCAAACCCUUGACAUUCUCAACACUGCCUCUAGGGAGAAAUCUAUUACAGUAGUGAUGAAGAUAUAUUGGGGAGAUCCUCGUGAGAAGAUUUGUGCAGCAGCUGAACAGAUCCCCCUCUCAAGUCUUGUGAUGGGUAACCGAGGCCUUGGUGGUCUUAAGAGGAUGAUCAUGGGAAGCGUGAGCAACCAUGUGGUGAACAACGUCGCAUGCCCUGUGACUGUUGUGAAGGGUCACAUCUGAGUUUGGUCGGAGAACUCUUAUAAAUAACCACCGUAUAUUCUGAGACUUGUGUUCAUGGUCGGAAUUUGUAUUGUUAACUGUUGUGUGACUGCUGUAUUGUUCAUCUGUAUGGGUAAAAAAACACUUCUUCUUCUAAUAAAUACAGACUCUUUUGAGUUUUGAACCA